CUCUCGCCAUGCACCGGCAGCUCAACCCGGAUAAAAGAAUGCUGUUGAUCGGGGCUCCCAGAGCACGAGCUUUAGGAAAACAGAGAGCCAACAUCACAGGAGGGCUUUAUAAAUGUGAAAUCUCUCUCUCCAAUGAUUGUGAACGCGUUGAAUUUGAUAUCGAAGAGGACGUACGUAUUGAGAACAAGGAGAAUCAGUGGAUGGGGGUGACGGUUCAGAGCCAAGGACCUGGAGGAAAGAUUGUGACGUGUGCUCACCGGUAUCAGAGGCGGUUGUUUGUGAACACCGCUCAGGAGUCCCGUGACAUCACCGGGCGCUGUUAUGUCCUGAGUCAGGACCUGACAAUCGAUGAGUCCUCCGAUGAGGACGGAGGUAGCUGGAACUUCUGUGCGGGCCGACCCAGAGGCCACGAGAUGUUUGGAUCAUGUCAGCAGGGCCUAGCUGCCACCUUCACCAAGGACUACCAUUACAUAGUGUUUGGAGCACCAGGAGCUUACUACUGGAGAGGCAUUGUCCGAAUGGAGCAGAAGAACAACACACUGCUAGAGAUGGGCGUGUAUGAUGACGGCCCCUAUGAAGUUGGAGAUGAGCAGUACUGGAACCCUGAGCUGGUGCCUGUACCUGCCAACAGCUACCUCGGAUUCUCCCUUGAUUCGGGACACGGCAUCACCAGGGGUCGCGGCCUGACGGUGGUGGCUGGAGCACCCCGAGCCAAUCACAAUGGAGCUGUGGUCCUGCUGAAGAAAGAGGGGGAAGCCUCCUCCAGACUCUCUCUGGAGCACACCCUGGACGGGCCGGGGCUGGGCUCCUCCUUCGGAUACGACGUGGCUGUGGUUGACCUGAACAAUGACGGAUGGCAGGACAUAGUUGUAGGAGCCCCUCAGUUCUACAUGAAGGACAGAGACGUGGGCGGGGCUGUGUACGUGUACAUCAACAAGGCAGGGAGGUGGGAGACGAUCACUCCGAUCCGUCUGGAUGGGACCAAAGACUCCAUGUUCGGACUGGCAGUGCGGAACAUUGGAGACAUCAAUCAAGACUCAUAUCCAGACAUUGCUGUCGGAGCUCCUUACGACGACGGCGGGGCAGGAAAAGUUUACAUCUAUCACGGCUCUGCAGAGGGGAUCGACACCAGCCCUGCACAGAUCCUCUCAGGAAAAGACCACCAGCUCCAGUUAUUUGGUUAUUCUCUGGCAGGAAACAUGGACCUGGACAGUAAUUCAUAUCCAGACCUAGCUGUGGGCUCUCUGUCUGACACCGCUCUAAUUUACAGGGCCCGACCAAUCAUUAGCAUCAGGAGAGAUGUCAAAAUAUCUCCGCGGGAAAUUGACCUUACAAUCAAAACCUGUGGUAACAGCAUUUGUUUCACAGUGGACGCAUGCUUCAGCUACACGGCCAACCCAGCAUCUUACAGCCCCAGACUGACUAUCAGCUAUUCUGUGGAGGCAGACGGAGAUCGCAGGAAACAGGGAUUGACCUCCAGGGUGAUGUUCCUGAACAAAUCCCACUCGGAAACGGACUAUCUGUUUAACGGCACCUUAGACCUGCGUGGUCAAAACCAGGAAACGUGCAUCAAGAUAAAAGCUAAACUCAAGGACAACAUUAAGGACAAGAUGCGCAGUAUUCCUAUCGAGGUGUCUGCAGAAAUCCUGGGUACAAAGAGACAGAAGUCAAGGAACGGCCUCCCUCAGCUUAUGCCCAUUUUAGACUCCUCUCAACCAAGCAAGGAAGUCAUCGAGGUGAACUUUGUAAAAGAGGGAUGUGGAAGUGAUCACAUUUGUCGCAGUAACCUGAAGAUGGAGUACAAAUUAUUCUACAGACAAAACAACAUGCAUACGCCACUACAUGUCAAGAACAAUGUCCCCGAGUUUCACCUGAACUACGAGAGGAAGGACUUGGCUCUGCGGGUGACCGUGAACAACAUGAAUGGAGACGAUGCCUAUGAGGCAAAGCUGGUGGGAACUUUCCCAGAUACACUGUCUUAUUCUGGAGUCCGCUCCCAACAAACAAUGCCAAUCAUCUGCAUUGCCAAUCAGAACGGCUCUCAGGCCGACUGCGAGCUGGGAAAUCCUUUUAAGAGAGACUCAGAGACGACCUUUUUCAUAAUCCUGAGCACGGUGGGCAUGAGUCUCGACACUACAGAGAUUGACAUUGACCUGCAGCUCCACACGACCAGUGUGCAAAGAAAUAUAAUCCCUGUGAAAGUAAAGGCUCAGGUGGUGAUUGAACUACCGUUGUCCGUCAGUGGGGAGGCCAGCCCUAAUCAGGUUUCUUUUGGAGGUGUAGUGAAAGGAGAAAGUGCCAUGAAGACGGAGGAGGAGAUCGGAAGCUUGAUUAACUUUACAUUCAGGAUAAACAACUUGUGGAAAUCCCUGACGCCUUCGGUUAAAGCCUCACUGCACAUUCAGUGGCCCAAAUUCAACAAGGAUGGGAAAUGGCUUUUGUAUGUGGUGAAUAUCACAGCGACGGGAGAGGAGGACGUCCGCUGCUCCCCUGAGUCUGAGAUCAACUAUCUCAAACACAUCCAGGAAUCCAGUGUGUCCCGGACAAAACGAGAGAUUGAGAGGAAACAGAGAAAAGCUGGUGGAAAAAAGUCUAUUUUGUUAGAGAAAAAAAAAGUGUUGACCUGUGAGAAUGGGCUCAAAUGUGUGGUGCUCAAGUGCCCCCUGCAGGGCCUGGACGGUACAACGAUUGAGCUGAGGUCUCGUCUGUGGAACUCGACCUUUAUUGAGGAUUACGCCUCCGUUUCGACCUUACAUAUAGUGGUGAAGGCCUUCCUCGUGCUUCACGCUCAGGCUGAGAACAUGAUCCUGACAACCCCUGACACUGAUGUGACACUGGCCGUGUCUCCAGAGAGUGCAGUGGCUCAGUAUGGAGGAGUUCCCUGGUGGAUCAUACUGGUGGCUGUUCUGGCAGGAAUCAAGAUCCUGGCUCUGCUGGUGUUUCUGCUCUGGAAGUGUGGAUUCUUCAAACGCUCCCAACAAGACAGCAGCGUCCCUCGUUACAACGCAGUGCGGAUACGAAAGGAGACUCCAGAGUGCAAAGACGGAAAAGUCAAGCUUGACGCCUUUGACAAAAAGCAGUGGAUGACGUCUUGGAUUGACAACGAAAGCUACUCAUGAUUCUGUUUUACGUUAUUGUUUUGCUACCGAGGACUAACUUGUUUUUCAUGUAUAGUUUUA